UUCCUUAACUAAGAUUCACACAGUUUCAUGUCACAGAAAGAUUUUGAUCAUACUUUCUUAACUGUAUAACACUUUAAUAGUAUGAGUGUCUUUUGUAUAUAUGGAGGAAUUUUACCCCUUAUGUUCUUCAUUCUCAUACAAAAUGGAAAUGGAGAGGAGUGCACAAAGGUUAUAAACAAUCAACACUAUUCAUGUGAAGGAAGAAAUCUCACCUAUAUACCUACCAGCAUUCCUUCCUCUGUAGAGAUGCUGGACUUCAGUUUUAACUGGUUGCCUUCUUUACAAAAGGAUUUAUUUCCUCCACUGUAUGAUUUGCAGGUUCUGGACCUCACAAGAUGCCAAAUCCAGCACAUUGCUGAUGAUGCUUUCCACAAUGUGAAGAAUGUGACGACUCUAAUUCUUACUGGAAACCCCAUUUCGUAUACAGCCCCUGACAGCUUGAACACAUUAUAUAAAUUACAGACAUUAGUCAUUGUGGACAUUGGCCUGCUGUCUUUAAAUAUCCAGUUCAACAAUCUCACCAAGCUUCAGGAACUAAAAGCUGGAACUAACAAGAUUCAAACAAUUGCUCUUCCACCAUUCAUGAUCAACUUUAAAGACUUCCGUGUAUUGGACCUGCAUGCAAAUAACAUUUCCAGCUUACAAGUAAAUCACACAGCUGUACUGCGACAGAUGAAGGGAAAUAUCACGCUAAUACUCUCCAGCAACCCAAUAUUACAUAUUGAACCAGGAGUAUUUAAGGACAUGUACCUAAAAGAGCUUAACAUACAGGGUGCUUUUGUUUCAUUUGAUGCAAUGAGGUAUGGUCUACAAGCUCUCAAUGGUCUUAAUGUUGAAAAACUCAUGAUGGGAAGCUACAGACUAGUUAAACUGAUAACUGUAUCAGAUGCUGAUCAUCUUGCUGGUCUUUGUUUGAUCAACUUUAAAGAAAUAUAUUUAUGGCAAAGAGAAUGUUCAAAUUUUCAAACCAAUUUGUUCCGUUGCAUGGCCAAUGCAACAAAAAUAUUUCUAAAAAAAGGAUGUAUGAGAAGCAUACAAUAUGUCCCUUUUCAUCAACUUAAAGAACUAUACAUAGGUUCCCAUAUUUUAUCAGAAAUCCCAGACCUUUCACAUGUCCAUUCAUUAGAAAAACUAGUGGUGGUUGAUAAUAAGGCAGCAUUAUUUCGUGGCCUCCAUGACACGCCCAAACUCCAGCAUGUGGACCUGAGUAGAAACCAAAUGACAUUUCGAGAUUGUUGUUACCGGUAUUUUGGAGGCGUGCCAAAUGUUCGCCACAUCAAUCUAAGUCUUAACGCAAAUAUAGGGUUGAAUGUAAAACCAUUUUCUGGUAAUGAAUUGAUUGAGGAAUUAGAUUUUCAUCACACAAAUCUAAAUACAAUUGGACAAUUUGGAAUCUUAGAAAACUUAAAGAAUUUAAAAUAUUUAGACCUUUCAUACACUAGAAUUACUUUUAGUAGCUACUUAUCUUUUCAUGGGCUUAGGAGUCUUAAAAUUCUGAAAAUAGCAGGUAAUACUUUCCAGGGAAAUAUACUGUCUUAUCUAUUUGAAAAUCUUACAGCUUUGGAGGUUCUUGAUAUGUCACACUGUGGUAUUGAUCAAAUUCCCUGUAAAGCUUUCAUAAACCUCCAGAAGCUUAGCCAGAUACUUCUUAGUCACAACAACUUGAUGGUUUUGGAUUUUUUGACAUGUCCCAAUCUACAAAGUCUAACACGGCUUGCUGUAGACCAAAAUAGUAUUUCUCUUAUCAAACUUAAUACACUCCAAAAUUUACCAGCAAACCUCUCUGUUUUUGACAUAUCUUCUAAUCCAAUCAGGUGCUUCUGCAAUCAAACAGAUUUUAUUUUGUGGAUAAUGAAACAUCAAAAAAUAUUUCCUCAGUAUUCUAAUAUUUUAUGUAAAACACUAUUGUCAGAUUCAAAAAUUAGAGUUAUUGACUUUGACAUUGAAGGCUGUGUACACAUCAGAAGACUAACAAUUGUGUUAUGCAUAUGUGCUGUCACUUUUGUUGUUUUCAUAUCAAUUUUGACCUACAAAUUUCAGUUCUAUCUGCGAUAUGGCUAUAUCCUGUUAAGAGGUUAUAGGGCUUCCAGAGAACAGGAAUGUUCUUAUGAUGCCUUUGUUAUCUACUCCAGCAAAGAUGAACCAUGGGUAAUGAAUGAACUGGUGGAAAAUCUGGAAAAUGGGAGUCCGCCCAUUCAGCUUUGUCUUCAUGUGCGGGACUUUGAAGCUGGCAAGGCCAUUACCUCCAACAUUAUAGAUGAAGGCAUCAUGGGUAGUCGUAAAAUUAUUGUGGUUGUAUCUAAACACUUCAUUGAGAGUUCCUGGUGUCGCUUUGAAUUUGAAGUGGCACAGUCUUGGCUGGUGAUGCAAGGUAAUGCUAACAUCAUCAUCAUCAUUCUAGAAGAUGUGGAAGAGGAGAAGUCAAAGAAGGUGUUUGGGCUUCAUAAGCACCUGAAAAACAAUACGUAUCUAAAGUGGAGUGGAAACCCAAUAAAUAACAUGAGAUUCUGGAUUCGCCUGAGGAAAGCUGUGAUCACAAGAAAAUAG